AUGAAGGUUGUUUGGCAGCGUCUCAUUCGCUUCGUGGCGACCGAUGGUCGGAUCCUUCGCGGAGAGCCCAUCCUCCCAUCAACAGAUUUCGAUCUUGGCUUAACCACCGAAGAAACCAGACUGCAGGCAAAGGUUAUUGUCGGCAACGAUAUAUAUGAUACCACAGGGAAAACGAAGGUGACGGAAGAAGUCGUCACAGUCAAGAAAUUACUUGGACCACUUACACAAAAGGAGGUGCCUAUACUUAGAUGUGUAGGGCUCAAUUACGCUAAACACAUUAGGGAAGCCAACAGAACUGUCCCACCAUUUCCUUUCAUCUUUUUCAAGCCGUCAACUUGCCUCAUUGGCCACGAUGAGUUGGUCCACAUUCCAAAGAUCGCACAGGAUGAACAGGCAGAUUAUGAAGGGGAACUUUGUUUUGUGAUUGGGAAACCAGCCAAGAAUGUUUCUCGAGAAGAUGCACUUUCUUACAUCGCAGCCUAUACUUGUGGUAACGACAUUUCCUCACGCAAGCUACAACGAGAUAAAGCAUUGGCAGGACCUGUGCCUCAAUGGGGCUUCAGCAAGGGAUUCGAUACAUAUGCUCCGUUAGGCCCCUGCCUCGUGUCGUCUGAGUUGAUUGACGAUCCGUCAAAGCUUCAAUUAAAGACAAUUGUCGAUGGAGAAAUCCGCCAAAACGAGGGUGUUUCAGAUCUCUUAUUUGACUGCGCUGAGCUUGUAAGCUACUUAAGUCAGGGUACAACUCUCGAAGCUGGAAGUGUGAUCAUGACUGGAACGCCUGGUGGAGUGGGAGCAGGCUUCAACCCACCGAAGUGGUUGCAGCCAGGAACAAGCAUGGAAGUAAAUAUUUCCGGCAUUGGAACGCUUAGGAACGGCGUUGUUUUUGAUUGA